UGCCUAAUUAUUUUGGAGUCCAGGUCUUACAUGGCUUGUAUAAAAGUAUAGGAUUAGUAUGAACGCAGAAGAAACCAACAUGAUUACAGGUCACGGCAAAUAGUUAGAAGAGAUGGGGUCACUUCAGGUGGACCAAGGGUUUGUCUGUAUUUUAAUUAAAAGUGUCCAUAUUUAUAUGUGGUGUAUGUCAAGUUACAAAUCAUCUAGUGAAGACUACACCGCCUCUUGACAAGGAGCUUGGUUUUAUCAUUUGGCUCAAGAUGAAUACCCUCAAGUAGAAGGUACAGUCUUUUGGUGAAGCCUUCCCUUAGACCAUACUUCUAUAGUUCUAUCUCAACGUGUUCACAGCUUACAAAGAAUACAAUCUGAUUUCUUUUCAGCAUCUGUGGACAACGAUUCUCUGUUAGUCUCCUUGCAACACCCCCUUCAGUUUUAUCCUCCAAUUUUAACAUGUCUUCUGUUGCCUCACCUGCUCCAACCUCUCCUACUACCUCUGAACUUAUUGAUAGAUUUCUUAAAACUAGCGAGGAUGCACCAGAUUUCAAUCUAGAACAACUAGUCCACAUGAUUGACAGUGUUAUUUCUCAAUACGACACUAAGGGGAAACGAAAUCCAUCUUUUGGGAAACUAAAUUAUGGUGCAGCUGGCCACCCCUCUGCAGCAGAUACAUCCAAAUUCUCCGAAGACGUGUCAAAGCAUGUCAACAUCAUUUCUCGCCAGAUAUCAAAGUCUCUUGGAGAUAAACAUGGGACAACUAUAGCAGUGUUGAAUACCUUUGGAAACAUGCAUUGGGUUGGAGUGGGCUUCUUGGUGGUCGCUGCUGUUUUACAAAGGCUGGAUACAAUUGAAUCUAACAGAAUGGAGCGCUUGAAGCUUCUCAAGUCUAUGAAUAAUUUAUGCAAAGUAAUUAUGCAACUCAAGCGUCUUCCUCAUCUAAAAAAUGAGAUGCAGACAAGGAUAAAAGAAUCUAUACAGUUGAUAGUUGAAGGAGCAAUAUUGUGUUGUUUUCAAAAGAAAAGAAAAACACUUGGAAGGUUGUACAUGGCUUCAAAAGACAAACAAGACCUUGAAGAACUUAGCUUUCAAGUGGAUGAGAUGCGCAAGACAUUAAAUGAACAGAUUAAUGUUUGUAUUUUAGAUGAUAUUCAUAGCACUAUGGGGAGCAGCGCCUCACAGGCUCCUUUCUUGAAUGAUGCAGUUGGGAUAGAGCAACAGAUAACUAAAGUCGUUGGACUACUUGAUUUGGAAAAUGACAAGCCAGUUGUAGCAGUUGUUAUACAUGGAAUAGGAGGUGCUGGGAAGACGACUCUAGCUGAUGCAGUUUAUGUAUCUCUGCAAGAUAAAUUCCAUGGUUGGAAACAUUCCAAAGCUACUCUCAUCCAAAACCUAGACUUAGAUCCCAAAAUAGAGGAGCUGCAAUCCCAGAUUGUACAGGAUUUGACUGGUGUGAAGCAAAAGGUAAGAGACUAUAAAAGUGGACAGCAAUGCUUAAAAGAAAUAAUGGAAAAAGAAACUGUCUUCUUAUACAUUGACAAUGUCUUGAGGAGAGACCAUCUGGAGAAGCUUCUACCUAAGGAGAUAACAGGUCCCAAAAAAAUACGGAUGCUUCUAACAGCUAGAAAAACAAAUAUACUGGGAGUGGUUGAGGACUGCAGGAUUAAACCCUGUAAAAUUUAUCCUAUGGGACCUCUUUCUCUUGAUGCAGCCCUGCAAGUGUUAUGCAAAAAGAUAGACAGAGAACAGGACAUCAAUUCAAUAUUGGAUGAAAGACCUCAGGCCAAGGAGAUAGCAAAGAAAUGCAGUUGCUGUCCUCUGUUUUUGGAAGUAGUAGGAGCAUAUCUCCAUAAACGAAAGAACAAAGAUGAAGCUUAUGAAAGAGUACUCAAUUGGCUCCAAUGUGGAGAAGCUUUUAGUGGCUACAAGGAAGAGAGUUUCGAUGAUUCAAGGAUUCUCUUUGCAUAUGAGGAGCUUCAACCAAGUGCUCAAGCGGCCUUCCUUGACAUAUGUUCAUUCUUCUAUAAUUGGGAGUGGGAAGAAGUUGCGUGCAUUGUAGGAGAGGAAGAACUAGAAAGCCUAGAAGAGGGGGCUCUGCUCAAAAGAAUAGAGCUUGAAGAAGGUUAUGAUGUCAAAAGAAAAGUAAACAGGAUAAGUAUUCAUGAUCUUCUUCUAGCAGCUGGUCGUAAUAAAUCAAAAGGCAACCGUUUCAAUGAUUUAGGUGAUUUUUCUGCAGUCCUGAACAAUGAACAGGCUCUCCGCCAAAUAAAAGGAGUUUGGUUGGGAUGGAAUAAGAAGCCUUUUCAUCUAUUAGCAGAAAAGCUAGAUGCGAUGUGUGGGUCUUUACGAGUAUUUGCAAUGGGAGACUCAAUAAUUGUGAAAGGAAAAUGCAGUCAACAAUUUAAUGAGCUAAGGUUUCUUCAAGUGGGAAAAGUGCCCAAUCUUCCAUUUGAUAUAUCAAGGUUAAAGCGUUUGACAUUCAUGGAUUACAACUCUGAGGGCAACAUGGUGUUAGAUCUGUCCAAGAUACAAUCAAAACUCAAAGUGCUUAAGCUCUCAGAACAAGGCAAGAGCCUUCAAAAUCUUGAAAUCAAUCCAUACACAGUAGCAGUAUUGAAGGACCUACGAAUAUGUGCCUGGCGCUUUUGUAAAUUGCAAAAACUGCCAAAAGCAUUUCAGCAGCUUAACAAAUUACAGCAGUUAGAUUUGUCAAAAUGCGAAUUCACAGAAAUUCCUGAGAGUUUUGGUCAAUUAUUUGCUUUGGAAAAGCUAAACCUGUCCUUUUCUCAAAAUCUGAAAGAAUUACCAGAUUCAUUGGAGAAGCUCCAAGCUUUGCAGGAGUUGGUUUUGAGUUAUUGUAGGAAUCUGAAGAAGUUGCCAGAAGGGUUUGGCAAAUUGAAGGCUCUCACUAAGCUUGAUUUAACAUACUGUGAGAAUUUGCAGGAGCUUCCAGGCAGUUUUGAUAAGCUUUACUCAUUAAGGUCGCUGUGGUUAGAACAUUGCAGCAGUUUAUUUGGGCUCCAUGAAAGAAUUGGGAAUUUAACAUCCUUAACUUCUUUACGGUUAGGUGAAUGUGCAAAGCUGAGAAGUAUUCCGGAAAGCAUUGGACAGUUGACAUCAUUGGCAGGGUCCAUAUCAUUUAGUGGGUGUUCAAGUUUGACAGAAGUACCAGAAGAAAUUUGCAAACUUACAAUGAUUAAAAAAAUUUCACUGGGAAGGUGCUCCAGUUUAAAGAUGCUUCCCAGUCGGCUCAUAGAAAUCAGUUCCCUUCAAGAUUUAGACUUACAUGGAUGUGAAAACUUACAAGAAAUGUGUAAUAACUUCCAUUGCUUGGUAGCAUUAAUAAAAUUAAACAUGGUCAAUUGCUGGAGUUUAUCAAAGCUACCAAAAGGUUUUGGUAAACUUAGAUGUUUGCAGGAGUUAUGUUUAUCAGGAUGUCGCAAGUUAGAGGAAUUGUGCAGUGACUUCCAUUGCCUUAGAGCAUUAAUAAAAUUAGACUUGUCUGAAUGCAGUAGUUUGAUGAUACUUCCUGAACAAUUUGGUGAUCUUGCUUGCUUGGAAGAGUUAGAUCUGUCAGGAUGCUUUCAGUUGGAAUCUCUCUCUGCAAAUUUCCAUUCCUUACCAUCCUUAAUAAGACUGGGACUCAUAAAUUGUGAGAGGUUAGAAGGGAAAUGGAUGGAUAGUGUUGUGGCAAUUGAAAGCCUGUGGCGUGUAGACAUCAGUGGAAGUGAAAGGAUGAUCCAACGGUGGAUGGAAAUGCAAAGGGAGAAGGAUGACUGCCAUCUGGUAGUGGUAACAGGAAAAUUGCAGGAAAGUGAUAGUUCUUUAUUGUUGAAAGCAACAAUAUCAAAGUUCUUUAGGGAAGAAAGAAUCCUCAUCGACUCUCAUCAACAUCCAUUUUGUUCAUCCUCUCUUCAGCCAGAGACCGCUCUCAUCUUGAUCAUUAGUUUGCGUUCCACUGAACCCUCGGUAUGGGAAUUACUGGAAAGAAAUCUCCAACGGCUGGAAUCCAAUUAUAAAUCCUUCAAACUCAUAUAUAUCGGCAAAGAAUUCAGUUCAUUACCAACUAAUUUGAAAGACAGGAUACUGGCUUACACACCUGAAAACUCCCAGGCUUCCUUACUCUUGGAUAAAUUAUUUGCUUUGUUUCCUACUUAUAGAGAAUAUGUCUUCUGUACCUCUGAUGGUUUACAAGAAAAUGGCAUGAAAUGUUUUACAGUGUGGGAAGACAUCUCUUAUAUACUUAAUGAGGUUAGCUUCCUAAUCAGAACCCCGAGAGAAAGCAAUACUGAAUUGUUGAGAGCAUUGUUGCUGACUACAGAAACAGAUUUUCUUCUGAUCAAGAACAAACAACGGGUGCAGGUCACUGACAUACAAGACAAAAUGCUAUUAUUAUUGAUUACACCCAUUAACAUAUCGGAAACACAGACUUCAGCUUUGAAAGAUAUGUAUCUAAAGAUGCAAGACAGACACGACUAUCUAGCAGAAGUUGUUUGGAUUCCAAGAGUGGAUUGGGGGAAGCCAACUUGGGCUGAAUAUCAGAGAUGCGCUACAAAUUCUGCAUGGCCAGUAGUUCCAAAUCCGUGGCUAGUAAACCCAGAAUCAUUAAAUCAUUUGGUUAAUACAGCAACCGCACUAGUUGUGGUAGAUGCAAAAGGAAUGAUUUCAUGCAAAGAUGCAUUGCCUAUGGUAGAAAGGUGGGGGUUGGAGGCAUAUCCAUUUUGUCAAAGCCGCGAAGAUGAUCUCAGGAAGCUAGAGUGGGAGGGACUCAAGGUCCAAUCUAGUGUGGAAUUUGUCUUUCAAAAUCUGGAGUCAUCUCAAUUGAAGGUAAAAGAGGCCAUGUGCCAUGGAGAAACAGUUCUUUUGUGCACAGGUUCCCUUGAGAAGAUGUUAAACUUUGUGCCUAGUUUGAAUUUUGCAUUGAUGAAGUUGAAAAUCAAGGUCAAAGUUCUCUAUGUGGGGAAGAGACCUAUUCACAUUUGGACGAAUGCUCAAGAAGAAGAUGCUUAUGAAAUGAAGAGAAAGGCAAUGUCUAACAUUCCAAAUCUCUCAUUCUUGGAUGCAUAUAAAUUGUGGCAGCGUGUUGUGGAUUUGUAUAAUGAUCUGAGUAGAAUGAAAGAUGAUGAAAAAAUAUUAAAGGUGAGAAGAUUAGUGUCAGGUCUCUUGAAAAAAUCCAAUAGAGAUGUGGGGCUGAUUGUGAUUGAUGAAGAUGGGGAGAUGGUGACUGCGAGGGGAAAGGAAAUGGUAGAGGUGCUGUUGAAGGGUGGUAAGGAUGAGGAAGAGUUGUUGUGUGAUAUUAAAAACAAAGGACUGAAACAAGUUUUAGAUUUGAGAUGGAACGAUGAUAUAGUGUCCAACUCUCUUUAUCACUAAUUCAAAAUUCCUACAUGGGUAUGAUCACUCUAUUACUGCAGGAUGUUUAAGUUUCUAAAAUGUACCAAAAUUCGUGGAAUACAAGAAGGACAAGAAAACAAAAAAAAGGAAGUUUAAUGA